GCCCGUUUUAUUUAAAAGCGAGAUUGUAAUUCAUUUUCUUUUUGAAACAUAUUUAUUCUCAGUUAUCUCAAAUACGUUGGCGAAAAUGGGUGGUCAUCAAUACGAAUUUAAUGUUAAAAUGGCCUGCAGUGGAUGCUCAAAUGCUGUUUCCAAGGCUGUUUCUAGAUUAGAAGGUGUGCAGAACGUUCAAACAGACCUCGAAAAACAGUUGGUGGAGGUCAAGACUGGCGACGACGUGUCGUACGAUGCUGUUUACAACAAGAUUAGCAAGACCGGCAAGGAGAUCUUGGGGGGCAAAGUUGUUUUUUAGAAAAGCGAUAGGACAUAGACUAUAAUACAUUUUGAUGUGAGCAGUUCUGGAGGCUUUGGCGAGACCGGAGCUCAAGGCAAAAGCAGCACAGGCAGCAGCGACACGGGCGCGGGACCAGCUGAGACCGGCCGAGCUCAUCCCGCUGCAGCUUAUGAAAUGCCGAAGUGCGUGUGAAUGUGCGUGUGAGUGUGCGUGUGAGUAUGCGUGCUGUAGUGCGUGUGAGCGUGUUUACGUUUUGCC